AUGGGUUUCAUUGAACGAAACAAAGCUGCUCUCAAUGAUGUGGUUUCCGCUUCAUUUGUGGGCAGAUAUUUUCAUCUUGACGGAUCAGGGCAUCCCAAUGAGAUCAAGAAUGCGAGGUUUACGACAGAGCUGCGCGCUGGACUGACGACGUUUUUCACCAUGGCAUACAUUAUCGCUGUGAACGCCUCCGUCCUCACAGACUCCGGUGCGACAUGUGUCUGCAACGACCCUGUCGACCCAACAUGUAUCAACGAUGAAGCCUACUCUCUCUGCCUCCUCGAAAUCAACCGCGACUUUGUCACUGCUACCGCCGCCAUCGCAGCGCUCGGCUCGUUCCUCAUGGGCCUCCUUGCAAACCUUCCAGUGGCGCUCGCACCGGCUAUGGGCCUUAAUGCGUAUCUGGCGUAUCAGAUCGUGGGGUUCCACGGCACUGGUCCCAUCGACUACCGUGUCGCAAUGACCGCUGUUUUCGUCGAAGGCUUCAUCUUCGUUGCCCUCUCGCUCGCUGGUAUUCGCCAAUGGUUGGCCCGCAUAAUUCCUGCUAGCAUCAAAGUCGCAUGUGGUGCGGGAAUCGGUCUCUUCUUGACACUGAUCGGACUUUCAUACUCUGCUGGUAUCGGUGCGAUUACAGGAGCUAAAGCCACGCCACUUGACCUUGGAGGUUGCCCUACGGAAUACCUCGACCCGGAUACUGGCUCCUGUCUCUCUCACAAAGCCACCAACCCAACCAUGUGGCUCGGCUUCCUUGUGGGCGGUGUCUUCACUGCACUUCUCAUGACGUACAAAAUCCGUGGGUCGAUGAUCUUUGGUAUUGCACUGGUCUCGAUCUUCUGCUGGCCUCGCGACACUUCAAUCACCUACUUCCCCCGCACAACAGUUGGUGACAGCCGUUUCGAGUUCUUCAAGAACAUUGUCGCUUUCCAUCCUAUCAAACACACUUUGUUGGCACAGGAUUGGGAUCUGUCCAACGUGGGCGGGCAGUUUGCUCUGGCCGUCUUCACUAUGCUUUACGUCGAUAUUUUGGACGCGACGGGUACUUUGUACUCCAUGGCUCGCUUCUCGGGCGUUGUCGAUCCUGACACGGGCGACUUUCCCCGUUCGACUAUUGCGUAUUCAGCGGACGCUAUUGCCAUCUCCAUCGGUUCCCUCUUUGGAUCUUCGCCUGUCACCGCUUUCGUAGAGUCUGGUGCUGGUAUCCAAGAAGGCGGUCGCACAGGUCUCACAGCAAUUACCACGGGCAUCUGUUUCUUCAUCUCCCUCUUUUUCGCACCCAUUUUCGCCUCCAUCCCGCCUUGGGCAACAGGUGGAGCACUCAUCUUGGUCGGCUGCAUGAUGAUGCGCGGUGUCUUGGCCAUCAACUGGAACUAUCCAGGCGAUUCUAUCCCCGCCUUCGUCACACUCAUGUUCAUGCCUUUCUCCUACUCCAUUGCGUACGGUCUCAUCGCUGGAAUCAUGUGCUACGCCAUCAUAAAUACAACAACAUGGGCUCUCGGUGCCAUCUCAGGCGGACGCCUACUUCCACCCGACUAUGACAACAAGGAAUACUGGAGCUUCCGCUCAGAUUCGCCACGCGCUCAACCCUGGUUUAUCCGCGCCAUGAAGGGCGACAAGAAGUUCUGGAGGCCCCAGGAUACCGACUCGUUUGAGUUGGAAUCUACCGAGGCACGCGUUGAAGCCCACACGAAGGCGUAG